AGUGACACAGGCUCCGUGUGGGGAGGCGCCGGUGGCUCGGGCAGCGGGACCGGGUGGGACUGGCCGGGCGUCGUAGCGGCGGCGACUGCGAGCCGAGCCCGGAGAAUGGCAGGGGCUGGAGUCGCUGCGGAGGCUGCUGCUGGUUUCUCUCCUUCGCCGCCUCCUCGCGCCCGCCGGGAACUUUUCCUAGCGACUGGUGGCGGUGCCUCCCCCCGGUGGUGGCGGCGGCGGCGGCUGCUGCGUUUGGCGGUGCCUCCCGGGCCGGGGCUGGGGCUCCUGGGGCUGGUUUUCUCUCGUUUCUGCUGCAGUGCCUUAGCUGGACCGGUUGUUGAUCCACAUGUGACAGCAGUUUGGGGGAAGAAGGUUGCACUGAAAUGCGUAAUUGAUGUAAAUGAAACAAUAACACAAGUUUCUUGGGAGAAGAUAGAUGGUAAAAGUUCACAGACUAUUGCUGUUCAUCACCCUGAAUAUGGAAUAUCUGUUCAAGGAGAAUACCAAGGAAGAGUGGCAUUUGAAAACUACUCACUUACUGAUGCAACGAUCAUCUUAAAAAAUGUAAGCUUUUCUGAUGCAGGAGAAUAUGUUUGCAAGGCAGUUACAUUCCCGCUUGGAAAUACACAGUCGUCAACAACUGUAACAGUAUUAGUUGAACCUGUUGUGAGCUUAAAGAAAGGACCAAACCCUCUAAUAGAUGGUGCAAAUGGGACAGUAGCAGCCACUUGUACAGCAGCCACUGGAAAACCUGCUGCGCACAUUGACUGGGAAGGAGGCCUUGGUGAAAUGGAAUCCACCUCUACUUUGUUUCCAAAUGAAACAGUGACAGUUGUAAGCCACUAUGUGAUUGUCCCGACACGAUUUGCUAGAGGAAGACACAUAACUUGUGUUGUGAGGCACCCCACCUUUGAAAAGGAGAUGCGUUACCCUUAUGUGUUGGACAUACAGUAUACCCCAGAAGUUUCAGUAACUGGAUAUGAUGGAAACUGGUUCAUUGGAAGAGGAAAUGUUCAGCUCAAAUGUAAUGCUGACGCAAAUCCAUUGCCUAUGGAAUUCAUGUGGACCAGGUUGGAUGGACAGUGGCCUGAAGGAUUGUUGGCUGUUAACAAUACUCUGCAAUUCAGCAGCCCUUUGACUUAUAACUACACUGGGACUUACAUCUGUAAGGUGACUAAUGCUCUUGGUCAGAAAAGUGAUCAGAAGACUAUCUACAUAUUAGAUGUGCCCUUUAAGCAGACAUCUUCUGUUGCUGUAGCAGGGGCUGUGAUUGGAGCAGUCCUUGCUCUUUUUAUCAUUACCAUCUUUGUGACAGUGCUGCUGACCCCAAGGAAGAAAAGGCCAGCCUAUCUUGACAAAGUGAUUGAUCUUCCACCCACUCACAAACCAGCCUCAUUUGGAGAGAGAACGUUGUCAGUGCCACAGAAAGAAGCUAUGCUUCAGAAAGAACAUUUUACUUUGCAGAGUCAGUACAGAGAGAGAGAUGCUGGAAACUUGCAGAACAUGAAAACUGUGAAUGGAAGGCAACUUACUUGUGGGGCUGAAGAGCCACAGGAGCAAGAGGGUCUUCAGCCUAUGUAUCCUGUUUAUCAGCAAACUCACUACAAAAAUUGGAGCAACAGAUACCCCCAAAGCUCAGGACCUGGAAGAGCCUACAUCAAUACAAGGGAGCAUUAUGUAUGAUUCUGUACCCAGAUGUCUUUACAAGGAAUUUAUUACCUGUUGACUCUAUGACCCUCAUGUCUUUUUGGCUUUCAUCUCUAAAAUAAUUGGGUUUUCUUUAAUGUGUGAAAAAAAUGGAUGGAGAAUUUUAUACAGGUAAACCAUAUGGAAUUUAAAACUUGCCUCUAGUACUUGGUAUGUCUGUGCUUUUGUAGUAAUAUUGAUCUGCCAAAUGAGGAGAGCCACUUAGCUUUUUUAACCUUCACAGUCAUAAUCUGUAUAACCUGUAUUAAUUGAUUGGCACGUGCCAAAAUGUAGUUAAGCUUUUUUUGCUGGCUAUUUCUGGGAGCAUUCUCUCUGGAUAUUUUAAAGAACCUUACCCAUAUAAAAGUGAAUAAAUAUGAGCAAAGCAGCUGAAUCCCUUGUGACAUUAGCAGUCUCAGGCUGAGCCAUCUUAGCAACUUGAGAUAUGAAUUUGACUGGCCUUAGCUAUUGAUUUCUCAACCAGUUCUACCUCUCUCAGUCAAAUGAAAAACUAGACUACCUCUCAAAUACUGACUGGCUGGUCCAUAAACUACACUAUUUUUCUUCCCACCUUGUUAAAAGUGAAGCAAUUGCCUUACAUCAAAAGCUUUUUGUUGUCUAUUGAUUCUGCUUGUUGCUGGCUUUGGUUUUACAGUUAGGUCUACAUGAAACUUAGUUGAAGGAGGUAGAUGACUAGGCAGACAGAACUUUCUCUAAGUGUCUUUUGUGAAGCUACAUCUGUGUUCCCAAAUAUGACUCCUAUUUUAGGUGCUGCAGAGUUUAUUUUCCUUGGUAAUACAUACAUUCCUUGUUUUUUUCUUAGUUUACAACAAAACUGCCUGUGAUGUGUUCUUGUCUUAGCAAGAAAAGAAAAGCUUCAGUCAACUUCAAAUGCUUGUUAGCACUGUCCUUUAACCUUAACCAGUAGUGUAAAGUAACUGGAGAAUGUUAUUGAUAUUACCAGUGCUAAAAGUAUCCCACAUUAAUCUUUUGUGUCUGUGGUAAUGCUUAAAAAAUGUGCUCAUGAUCUUGCUAGAAAAAUAAGUUUUCCUGUGAACUAAAAAGUAAAUAUUUAGCAAGUAAAAAUAUGUAUAUAAUAUGUUAGUGCUGAAAUGAGCUCAUAGGGCAAUCUUAAAAUAUUUUAGGACAGUAGAAAAAUGGGUUGUGUCUAAAAUUUGCCAGAGAAACUUAAGAGACUUGAGUAUUCUCUAAGUACAUUAUGCACAUAAGUACAGAAUGAUGAUUUUCAGUCAGAUGACAUGAAGAACAAGAUGUUAGAAUGCUUGGUGUCAUGCUGAACUACCUGUUGUACAGAAGUGAACAUUACUUCUGGGGUAUUAGUGUGUUUUUCUGCAGAUGUUUGAAUUUUUUAGAGGCCCAAGUUAGGCUGUAGAAGCAGCAGAAUUGAAAGCUAGCAUAGGUGAGUGUGCUGCAGGCAGGGGGCUGUUGUUAAACCUGUAUUCAACCUGCAUUUAUCUCCAUCACAGUACAAGUUCAUGAGAUCUCUGUCCACAAUUGGGCCAGGUAAAUAAAAUUCUUCUAGUUUGUUACAGGUAGCAGCUAGAAGAUUAUGGCUUGGGUGCCUGUAUUCUGGACUCUGUAGAAGUAGGUAUUACCUGUUCUCUUGCUAAGCAGCUUUCUGUUAAAUGAUGUGGUUGAAGUUGACAGCUGAAGGAAUAGCAAAAAGAAAGGUUGGACAGAACCUGCUUCUUGGGAGCUAUCUUUGAAGCAGUGACACCUUGCUUUUCUCUUGGGAACUGGGCACAUUCAUGUAAAUUGAGCAACUGUUUUCAAUUUUAAAGUUUACUGCUGUAUUUGAGACCUAAAAAAAGGCUUGUGUCCCUCAAAAUUGUUUUUCCAUAAUGUUAGUUUAAGUAGCUAUCUCUUUACAUGAGCAUUGCCUUGCCUAUCCUUACAUUACUGCAGCUCCAAAAAGCAUCAGUUGUCAGAACAUUGAAAGAAAACAGUGUCGUGGCCAAAUGAAUGACAGAAUGUGGAGAGGAACUAUACUGCUUAAGGUAAUUUGAUCAAUAUUACUGAGCAAAACUUGAUACCAAAAAUAUUUGAAUAGACAUUAUGGGAUGGCUCAAAACUUUUGCUGUGGCAGUGUUUCCUCUGCAUUCAUUAGUACAAUGUGUUAUUGAGCAGGUGAUCACUUCGAUCCCUUUUGCAAUAAAAACAUUUAUUUUGGAUUCAGAAAAAAUUCUUCUACUGCUUUUUAUAAUUAUUUGCAGAUACUUUCCUUUCUGAUUUUUUUUUUGAAAGAGAUAAAACUUUAGGGGAAGGAAGAAUGCUAUCAACAAAGCUAUCAUUGUUUUUUUUUUAAUGUGUAAAAAUAGCUUAAAAAAUAAAAAUGUAAUCCAACUGUGUUGUCCAAGUUACAUACCAACAAACUACAGAAAGUUUGAUUUGCAAGCUACCCAUUAGGAUGUAGUUUCCCCUAAAGUCAUUAAGGAAAUACAUUACCACCGACAGGUUUGUUGUUUGUGAGAAAUGGUUUCUUUGUAAUCUAUUCAGGGACAUUUAAUAUAUUAAGUUUUUGAAUUGUUACUUUUAGAUUUAAGUGUGGCUGAAUUUGCGGGGAGAGAUUUGGCAAAGAAUGCUCAGAAGAGAACAGAAAAAAUGUCUGCUAAUUAGGCUUUCUCACUAAAAGGAUUGUACAUAUAGAAGUAAGUUUGAUCUGCUUUUGUAAGAUGUAGAAAAUGUCCUUUUAUAUUUUUGUACAUUUUUAAAUGCUUGUAUUUGUAAUUUGACUGGAAUAAAAACAUUCAAAAUAUAA